GGCAUCGUCUUUGUCAAAACCUUACAUCUCUUUUGUUAUAAAUUCCGUGACAAAUAAUUUGUUUUAUUAUUUAAUAAGUGUUGACGGUGGUCUCCAUGUUAUUGUUUUGUUAACACACAGCAGAGAUAAGAUUAAAGAAUUGAUUGAUGUAAAGAUAAGCGAUAGUGUAGUCGGGAAUUCAUAAACCGGCAUAAAUUGGUUCAAAGAUAUCGCACUUGGUUAAUAAACAGGUGUUGGUCGGUUGAGUGCUACAAAACGGGGAAUUCCCGAAUUGCAAAUUGGCCCAAUCCAAUAGCCAAGUGUUGUAUGCGUCUUUUAGAUAUAUUCAACAAGUCGCAAGUGCCACGUCAGCUUAAGCUGAAGAAAUAGGAAGAAGGAGAAGAAGAGAACAGUGCCUGCCUGGUGUGCUGAACAUCUUGAGCACACAUGCAUGAGGUUUCGAAUUGCACUUUGUGUUUGUGUGUGCGCCUUUGUGGGAGAUUUUAGUUUACAAUUUACAUUUGAAGCGUUCACUGGUUGCAGUCGUUAAAAUGUCGGAAAAUCAAGAGGACGAUAAAAUGGAGGCGCGCGGUUAUCAACUGCGUUUAGUCGACUACAUAACGAAAAAUAAUGGCAUUAUUUAUUUGCCAACUGGCUCGGGCAAAACUUACGUGGCCAUCCUGGCAUUGAAACGUUUUUCCAAAAACUUUGGCAAAUCAAUUGAGGAUGGUGGCCAAAGGGCUUUGUUCGUUUGCAACACUGUCGAGCUUGCCCGUCAGCAGGCGGUUUGUGUGAAAAAUUUCACAAAUUUUAAGGUUGGAUUUUAUGUAGGCGAGCAGGGUACGGAUAACUGGAAUCGCUCGAAAUGGUCGGAAGAGAUCGAAAACAAUCAAGUGCUGGUGGGAACAGCUCAAGUCAUUCUUGAUCUGUUUCUACAGAAACAUAUGGAAUUUAAAUCGGUGAGCAUUGCAGUUCUAGACGAAUGCCAUCAUGGAACCGGUAAACAUCCAUAUCACGAGCUUAUGCGGCUGUUCCAAUUGGUGCCGCCCAACACACCGCUGCCCCGUGUCGUGGGCCUGACGGGAGUUCUGAUCAAGGGCAACGAAAUCAAACAUGUAGCCAAUAAAUUAAGGGAACUGGAGACCACUUAUCGUGGCCUCAUCAUUACAGUAUCCGACGAAAAGGAAAUGGAGAAUGUUAUGCUUUACUCGACAAAGCCACGUGAACGCCUUAUCCUAUAUCGAUCGGUUACGCAAACGUUCAAAGUAAUUGAGGACAUACGAGGUCAGAUCGCACAAUACUUAAAGUCUUUGGAGCUCAUAGAUAUUGGACAACAGCCGAUACGCCUCUCAAGGGGCUUAAAUGUUGUCCGAGAUUCGAAUAAGAAAAGUACCAUCAAGACGAUGCUUAACGAUUUUCUGUUUCAAAUCGAUAACUAUGGCAUUUAUGCGGGAUCCAUUGCCAUCAUAUCCGUGCUGGUCGAGUUUGAGAUCAAACGUCGCCAGGCUGAGACUCUCGUCCUCCGCAAUUUAUAUCGUACGGCCAUUUCGCUGUGCGAAAGUGUGCGUCAUUCGUUGGUCUCUAAGUUGCGGGACAUGCUCGAUGAUGAUGAAAUGUCCGAUGAUCAAAUCAAUUCUGAAUCGAUUAUCAUGAACUUCUCCACACCCAGGGUGCAAACAUUUCUGCAAUACCUUAAAGACACCUUCGCCAACAAAGAUCCAAAGGAAAUAUCCUGUCUGGUCUUCGUGGAGAGACGCUACACAUGUAAACACCUUUAUGGGGUGCUUCUGAAUUUCAUUGAAAGCACGCCGGAGCUGCGAAAUGUGCUGGUGCCACAGUUUAUGGUUGGGCGUAAUGGCAUCUUUCAGGACUUUGAAAGUCAGCUCGAAAAACGCUGGCAAAAGUCGGCCAUUCAGCAGUUUCGUGAUGGCGAAUCUAAUCUCAUUGUGUGCUCCAGCGUGCUGGAAGAAGGCAUUGAUGUGCAGGCCUGCAAUCAUGUCAUCAUAUUGGAUCCGAUCAAGACCUUCAAUAUGUAUGUGCAGACCAAGGGACGGGCACGUUGUCGGGAUGCAUCGUUCGUACUGUUUUCAUCGGACUUGGAAUCAUCAAAAAUCACCGAGCAAAUCAAACAAUAUCGUCUGGCCCACGAGGAGAUUAGGAACUAUCUAGAGAGCCGUGUGCUGGAACGUGCCGAGCCGCAAAUGAACGAGAUAAACGAACACUUCCAGGACGAUAUACAACCAUAUGUCAAUUCAAAUGGAGCCGUACUCUUGGCCAGCAGUGCUCUGACAAUACUGCAUCGUUAUUGCCAACAGAUGCCUUCGGAUGCUUUUGGCAUUGUUCUACCUUGGUUUAAGCUACUCGAUGCAGAUGAGCGCAAAAAAUACACUUCAGCCUGGGCAAAGAAGACAAUGGUGUCCAUCACAUUGCCGCUAAAUUCGGCAUUACGCGAAACAAUCAUCAGCGAUCCAAUGGGCUGCGCCAGGUCUGCUAAGGUUUCAGCAGCUUUCAAGACCUGCAUCAAAUUGCACGCUUUGGGCGAGUUAAACGAACGCUUCCUGCCCACAACGGUUAACGAGCGAGUCGCCGAUAUUGCCAAUGUACACUUUGAGCACUGGAAAAAGUACGGGGACGAUGUGACCAUAAAGCGAAAGGACAGGGAUUUAACCAACAAUAGCUUGAAGACGUACCAAACCAGAUGUCCAACGGAACUCUAUGAUGCGAUGCCGCGAGUGGGCGAGACAUGUUACGCCUACGAGAUUAGCUUGGAGCCACACUUUGAGCGUAACGACUACACGGGACACAUGUACGACUCGAUGCAAUCGCGUCGCAGCUACGGUUUGCUAUUAAGGAAGCGACUGCCGCGUCUGGCGGCAAUGCCAUUAUUCAGUCACCAGGGAAAAUUGCAUGCCCAUGUUGCGGAGCAUCCGCUGGAGAUAGUAAUUCAGAGCCAGGAGCAAUUAGAAAAGCUACAACGAUUUCAUGUGAUGCUGUUUCGUGAUUUGCUUCGCAUUUGGCAGCCGUUCUUUGUGCUCGAUCGUCGCAGCAAGGAGAACUCGUAUCUGGUGGUGCCACUGUCAACACCGCCUGGUAGCGGCUUAGAUUGGCAGUUGGUGGAGCAGUUCCAGCGAUUGCCCAAAUCGCAUGCGACGAGCUUGGCACAACGCAAAGAAAUGCCACCGCCGCGACCGGAAGACUUUGAGGGCAAGAUUGUGACGCAAUGGUAUGCAAACUAUGAUGAGAAGCGUAUGCUGGUGACCAAGGUGCACUCAGAUCUCACGCCCAUGAGCAUGAUGGACGAGAAGCAGCAGGAUAAAAGCUACUACACGUUCACAAUGUCCAAGUAUAGCAAUUACAUUGGCGAUGUUGUCCAUAAGCAACACUUUCUCCUUGAGGUUCGUGAAUUGACCGAUCGCAUGAAUUUCUACAUCAAGCAGAGUGUUAAGCAAUCGGCUCAGAGUAAAGCACGCGCCAGAGUGAUGCUUAUACCCGAACUAUGCUUCAAUUUUGGCUUCCCAGGCGAUCUCUGGAUCAAGCUGCUCUUCCUGCCGAGCAUUUUGCGUCGUCUCUAUUAUAUGCUGCAUGCGGAGACGCUGCGUGUGCGGCUUAACAAAUAUCUCGGACUGGAUAAAUUACCAAUUAACGGAGACGGCUACAUUCCAAAACCAUUGGAGAUUGAUUGGUCCCUACGCCGGAAUGUCGAUCAUCAGGGGAAUGCCAUGCACGCCGAUGAUUGUGAAGAGCCGCGAUCUCUGCUGGAGCCGCUGCCCACCAAGACCGUUGAGAUGGCCAUGGAGAAAUUACAAAUAACCGAUCUGGAAGUACCCUGGCAGCUGUAUAUGGAACCGCUUGAUAUCGCACGUAACAUAAUGUCCACUUACCCAGUGGAGUUAUCCUAUUAUUACAACUUCACCAGUGGCAACCUAUUGCAACUCGAGAAGCUUGAGCAAGAGGACAAAGAGCUCUGGACACAAAAUCAGUUCAAAAUGCGUCAUGGCAACAUAUACAACACACCAAGUAGCCCCAUUCGUAAUUUGCCCGCUCUCCUGCCAGCUGACAGCCCAAAUGGCACUCGCGUGGAUCCUAAACCUGUUCAACUGUCUGUGCUGCAACAUAGCAUUUCCAAUUCUCACAUAUCUCCAGCUGAGCAGGGUGAAUUUCUCGCUGCAAUCACAAACUCUGGCAGCGUCGAUGUCUUCGACAUGGAACGCUUUGAGCUCCUCGGCGAUUGCUUCCUUAAGCUCAGCGCCACACUCUAUUUGGCCAACAAGUAUCCGGACUGGAAUGAAGGCAUAUUGACACAGGUAAAAUCAACUCUGGUGUCGAACCGUAAUUUGUUGUACUGUCUUAGCGAUACGGACAUUCCAACGCGGAUUUGCAGCACAAUGUUUACGCCGAAGUACACGUGGUUGCCGCCCAGUGUCAGUCUGCCGCACAAUGUGCUCGCCAUAUGGAAGGAGAAGUUGGAACCAGCUGGUCUGGUGGGUCCACAUAAUCUCCGUAACAUCUCAAUUGGAGAGGAGGAGGUGUUUGGCAAUGGUGAAUGUGGAAGUGUUUCCUACCGUAACUUUGUGGAAACCUGCCAAUCCAAUCAGCAUUCACAUCAUGCUGGCUUCGAUUACAGUAGUGAGGUCAACUUUUGUGUGGGACAAGUGAAGAUGGCAGACAAAUUGAUAGCUGAUACUCUGGAGGCACUCUUGGGCGUCAUUGUAAAGAACUAUGGGCUACAACAUGGGUUCCGGAUGCUGGAAUACUUUGGCAUAUGCAAGUCGGACAUUGGCAAGCCGUUAACACAGUUGUUAGAUCUGGAGCUGGGUAGCAAACGCAUGCGAGCAAAUAUAUCGCAACAUGAAGUGGACGGAUUUCUGAUUAAUCAUGCCCACUUGGAGCGGAACCUUGGCUAUACGUUCCGUGAUCGGGCCUAUCUACUUCAGGCUCUCACACAUCCAUCGAAUCCGACGAACCGUUUAACUGGAUGCUACCAAGAGUUGGAAUUCAUUGGUGAUGCCAUACUCGAUUUUCUAAUCUCGGCAUACAUAUUUGAGCACAAGACUCGAAUGACGCCUGGACAAUUGACGGAUUUGCGAUCGGCACUGGUCAAUAAUACGACGCUUGCCUGUAUUUGUGUUCGUCAUCGUUUUCACUUUUUCAUAUUGGCCGAGAAUGCGAAGCUAUCGGAGUCCAUACAGAGCUUUGUGCAGUUCCAGGAGUCGCAGAAUCAUCGCGUUACCAAUCAGGUGCGUAUCCUGAUGGAGGAGCGUGAUGUGCAGCCGGAACCUCUAGAUUCCGAUGAUGAAAUGGACUUUGCUGAAGUGGCUGCAGCGGCUAAAGCAAAUGCCAUUAAGUCGGCUGAGGAAACCCAAAUGGGCGAUUACAAUAUUUCCCACAACGUGGAUGUGCCCAAGGCAUUGGGUGAUGUCCUAGAAGCGUUGAUAGCCGCCGUCUAUCUUGAUUGCCGCAAUCUGCAGACCACUUGGCAGGUCAUCUACAGACUGUUUGAGCCUGAACUGAUGGAGUUCUCCCGCAAUGUGCCGAUGAAUCCCAUCCGUCAAUUAAACGAGCAUAAGCUGGCCAAGGCAACAUACGGUCCACCCAUUACGGACAAGGAUCAAGUCAUGGUCACCUGCCAGUUCAUCUGCAUGGAUAAAACCAUUAAGGUCUACGGCUUUGGCAAUAAUAAAAAGCAGGCCCAACUUUCAGCUGCUAAACACGCCCUUCAGAAGUUGGCCAAAUGUGAGGCAUAACUUAUCACACAUUUUUUACAGCGUACUUUUUAUUUCUUUUAUUCUUAUAAUUCAAAAAAAAAUAUGUUUCUUUGUUGUCUUUUAGACUCCUUAUACAGGAAAAUUAUUGCACGUUUUUCUAAGUUUUUAUUAAAAAUUUCCAUUUGCUGCCUGUGCAAUUUUUAGCAAAUGUAUGUUUUUAUUUAAUGAAAACAAUUUUUAAAAACUGAGAAAAACGUCCAACUUGAACUCGAAUUGUGAAUUAUUUUUAGUGAAAAAUAUUUCAAAGUUCAUUUCAAGCUUUUACUUUGCUAAGUAACGAUUAUUGUAAUCUACUAUGUAAACUCAACUCAUUCUAAAUCAAUUCAGCUUCAUGUCUAAAACAGUUUUGUAUAAGUUUGAUUGUUUGCGGUGUAGUUAAUAUGAUAAUGAAGUACCAUAUUUACUGUACCAAAAUUAUCAAACUUAAACAAAAUAUUUUAUUUAUCAAAUUCAUCGUAUUUUAGUUUUUUGAUUUAAUUUAGAAUGAAAUAUUCCAAUUUUUUCAAAUUACACCGUGUUAUUGUCGUUAAUCUAGUUGCAAGGUGUUGCUUAGCAUUAUUAACCAUUUUUUAUAAUAAAAACUUUUUAUACCAA